CUCGCGUCCUAUAUUUACCACAAAGUGACAUGUCAACAAUUACAAUAAAACAUUCAUAAUAAGUGUAAAAAUGAGUGACGAAACGAGUAAUUUAUUAAAAUUGGUGUUCCCCAACGGAUUUCCGAGUGCAUGGGAGUACAGUACAGCUUUCAGCGACUACAUUUCCCGAUUAGGGACAUACAAAGUUGAAGAUUUAUCCCGCGAACCCGCUCGUUUGAACGAGGAAAAGGCUUCAAUUCACGAACAGACUCAGGAACUGGCUGUUACUAAUUACAAAACGUUUAUUGAGACGGCACAGUGUUCUCGCGAUUUGUUCACCCAAUUCAAUACAAUCGAGUCGAAAUUAGAUAAUCUUCUUGAAGAUAUACCCCAAUUUGAAAAGAAGUGUCAAACAUUUGGGGAAGAAACGAGCGGGAUUAAUAAUUUGCGACGUUUGAAUUCAUUAACGUUGACACGAAACGCACAAUUGCUUGAAAUUUUAGAACUCCCACAAUUAAUGAAUUCGUUUAUUAAUGACGGUUUGUAUGAGGACGCUCUUGAACUGGCUAGCUAUGUGCGAAAAUUACAUAAUAAACAUCCUGAUGUACCUAUUUUUAAAAGCAUUGUCGGCGAUGUUGAUAAGGCCUGGUUGUUGAUGUUACACCAAUUAAUUACGCAAUUAAAACAAGAAUUGUCUCUACCUAAAUGUUUACAAAUUGUUAGUCAUUUGAGGAGGAUGCAAGUUUUUACUGAGACAGAAUUGAGAUUAAAGUUUUUACAAACAAGAAACACUUGGCUUCAGUCUUGCUUGAAUGCUAUUCCUAAGGAAAAUGCCAAUUAUCACUUGAACAAGACAAUUGAAGUAACGAGAGUCAAUUUGUUCAAUAUAAUCACCCAGUAUCGAGCAAUUUUCAAUGAUGAUGAGCACAGCCCUUUGGCUUCAAUCAAAAGUCAGCAAGUUAACCAAAACGUAAUUUUUUUUACUUGGAUCAGAGACAAAAUUUCCGAUUUCUUGGCCACACUCGAGCACGAUUUAAACCAGGGAGUGUCAUCUAUUGAUACAAUUUUGGCCCAGUGCAUGUAUUUCGGAGUUUCAUUCAGUAAAGUAGGGUGCGAUUUUCGGUCAUCUUUAAUUCCGAUUUUUACAAAUAAAAUCGUCGGGGAUUUUGAAAAAUCUGUGAAUGAGGCGAUUAGACGAUUUCAGUUAAACAUGGAACGUUUUACUCUCAUUAACAAAAAUCACUCUAACGUUCCUUGGAAAAAUAAAAAUGAAGACCCACUACAACCCCCUGAUAGUUUACUAGAAUUUUACCCUAUCGCUGAAUUUUUAAAUAAUGUUUUAACGGCACUCAAUGAAUUGAAAUUGUGUGCUCCCAUAGCGGCUGUGAAAGCUGUCGUUGAUUCAUUGCAACAUGCAUUGUUGUUUAUUGCAAAAUCGAUUCUAGUGUUGCAUGGGCAGGAGCAACAAGCUUUCACGGCGAAUUCUAAAGAUGCUUUUACCAGAUUGUGUAUGUGUUUUGCUGAUGAUUUAGUUCCGUAUAUUCAGAAAUGUGUUCACAUUAUCUUCCCACCGAGCAAUAUUGCGACUUUGUUGGGGGUGAAUGUGCAAGUGUUGCAAAACGAAGGACUCACGUUUUUAAAUAAAGAUGUUAUUGUUGACCCAAUCAGACAUUUAUUGCCUGUUAAAAUAACUCCAGUGUUUGAUGUGGUUGAGAGUAAUGAAAAUGAAACAAAAACUGACGAUAGUGAUAGUAGAAGUGAAAUUAAAAAUGAUGUAAUGUCAGAGUAAUAAAAAUCGUUUUUUUA